AUGACAUUAAAUUGUCUAUUAACAGGAUUAGACUCAAAAAUAGGACCUGUUGUGCGAUCAGGACAUCCCACGGAUAUCUUGACCGCACUCGUGUUUGGCCACACCUCUGGUCGUCCGCCCGAACACGUAUAUUUAGAAAAAGAAUUGAUGUCCAAGUAUGUUCGAGACAUUCGGAAUAAACUCGAAUAUUACUACAAAAUUGCCCGCGUGAGAACUGAUGAACAGAAGCAAAAAGCAAAAAUUCGCUUUGAUAGUAGAGUGUCACCCAAUUUACAAUCAUAUAAAAUUGGCGAUAAAGUCUUUGUGAAACAGUCUCAAAUUUCAAACAAGCUUCAGAACAAAUUUGAUGGUCCAUUCGAAAUUACUCAAGUUUUUGAAAAUUCUGCGCUCCUUAAGAACCCGGAAACAAAUAGAAUAAGUAAAGUUAAUUUUGACAGACUGAAACCAUAUAUCUGGCAAGUGGCUGUACGUUUACUGACCUACACUACACUUAUCGAAUUGGAAUUUCUACUGCAAGUAAGAUAGUAAAAGAGGUUUGCAAAGCAAUCUGGGCGGUUCUUCAGGUGGAGUCUAUACCUUCACCAACAAGAGAAAUUUGGGAAUCUAUUGCUUCCGAUUUUGAAACCAUUGCAAAUUUCCCUCAUUGCAUAGGGGCAGUAGAUGGCAAACAUGUA